CAUGGAACACUGCUUGAUGUUCCCAAAGAUAUGAAAAUGGACAUUUUGAAUGCUCUAUGUCGUUCCAUGUUUUCUUAUAAAACAUACCAAACAAGGAAAGAGUUAGAAGUCGUGGCUGCUGGGUUAGUCAACAAGCAUCCCUGUCUGAAAGAUCCAAGCAUGGGAACAUGCUAUGAUUCUUGGACCACAAGGUUGUACUACAAAGUAGGAAAUUACCGCCAUAAACUCGGAGCAGCAGGUUGCAGUGAAGUCCGUGUUAACCAGAAAAGAACUGGAGAUGAUUCCAGGAAUCGCUUGAAGAAGGCCAGACGAUGUGAAGUGAACUUCCUUCCUGACAUUCCAACUGGGCAAACUGAUGUAACUCUUCAAAAUGAAAAAGCUGCUUUGCAGGAAGAAAUGACAAAGAAAUAUCCCAACCAUGCAGUUGUUCAUUCCAAAAUGGAACAGACAUUUGCCUUACGAAGGAAAGAGAUUGUUGAUGAAGAGCCUCCAGUAGCUGAGAUUAUGAGACAGUGGCCGGCAUUAUUUUUGGAAGAGCAAGUUCACAUGGAGUUUUUCAGAAUCACUGGAGUCAAUCUCAAGGAGACGUUCUUCUCUUCACUCGACGAAUAUACACCAAAGAUCAUCCAACUGUACAGAUCACGUAGUGGAGCCUUUGGAGAGGACUUAAAGACUCUACUGAACAAAAUGGAUGCCCAGAUAACCAAUGUCAUGUUGCAGAGGAAAACAGCAGCUUUGCGUGGCCUACCAUUGUUUAUGCGGGAGAGCACAGAUUCCUUCUUCAAAUCUUGCUUGGAUACAGAUGUGGAUGUGGAUGGCGAUGGCGUCAACACUCGUGGAGUCCAGAUUGGGAUUUUAACUGUUACUGAGGACGACACUGCUACCACUGACACAGAUGCCAAUGUAAGGUGUUUUGCUUUGAUUAUUGAGGAGCAGAUUGUUCUUGAUGACCUCCCUGACCUUCCAACUGCUAUGGCCAUCCUUUUUGGAUUGAUUUAUGCUUUGAAUAUGAAGUAUCCAAAGGAACUGAAAUACAUGUUCGAAACCAUUCAAAAAGUUUUCCUGCGCCUUGAUACCAAACUUUCUGCAAGGGUGCAAUCGUUCAGAAACAAAAUGCUGAGGUGCUGAGAUGAUGGACUGUGCAAAUAAGAGACAUUUUACUCCUUUUCUCUCAGCAAUUUUUUGUCAAGGCUUGAGUGUAGUGGGAGCGUAUGCAGACUCAGUAAGGGCAGUGUUGGUUCUUUUAGGUCAUAACGUUCAAAUGUAAAGGUUCAGUGUAAACACAUGCUGACAGAACAUGGGAUCUUGCUUGUUCUCCUAGUAGUUAUUAACACCCCCAAAGACUCUGACAGUGAACAUUUUUGAUGCACCACCAUGGACAUUCAAAGGCUUCUGAAUAAAGCCCAAUUACACAGAGUAUGGAUGGAGCAAGAGUCAGGCUCCUUCACACACAUUUAACAGACCAAAGGGGACUGUGACUGCCAUACCUUGGCAUUGUCCUAAUGCCAUCACCAUAGCACAUGGUGUGCUCAGAGAAAGGGAAAGUGUUUGAUAUGUACUUGACUAAUUUAUGCAGUGUACCUGGCUCUUAGCCUAUGCAAACAUUUUUAUACUGCAAAGGGUGGUAAUGUAUAGUCCUUCUUGAUCAGGCUAUUCAAAAGGUGAUCCUCAGGAAGGAAAUAAUGGAUGUUGCUGUUUACAUUACUGUGCAGCACUAGUUAUGGUAGAGGUAACGUUAUUUAGGUAUAUUUUUACUUUUUUUAUAGGGUCCUUUGUAAUGCUUGUGUGUACACAGUCAAAAUGGCAGCUUUAUGUUCAAGUCGGUUUUCAAUUGUAAAGGUUCUGUAAGGAAGUCAAGCUUGAUAGUUUACCAGGUAAACUUGCUCUGCAUUUUCAUUAUGCAUUUUUAUUUGAGCCUGCCUGACUCUCUCUUUAUUUUCUAUUUUCAACUGCUUCAGUGUAAUGAAGCAUAUGUGCAAUCUUGAAGUACUUUAUUUUUCACCACAAUGUUAAGACCAUAAGACCUUAUAUGGCUUGUUUGAUAUAUUGGUAGCCUAAUGAUUAGGGCAUACAUUGUUAUAGACUCGCACUGCCUUAGUAAGAUACAUAUUUGUGUGUGUUGGCAGAUUUUUUAUAUAGAUCAGUUUAUUUGACUGGCUCUUAGAAUUUAAGAUUAUUUUAAUUACUGUUGGCACAGAAGACAGUGUUCUAAAAGAAGUUUCAAAUAAAAAGUA